GACGAAUGCAUUUUCCUUAUCGACUUUGUAAGAAGUAUAAUGGGUGCUCACAGUGUCAUCUGUCACUAAUAUAUAGAUCACGUAGCGCGCGACGGUAUGCCUAUACUGAGGAAAAAAUCCAACAGAAAGUCAGUUACUGAGAAUGGGAGUGAAAAUCUGAUUCGAGAUGUGACCAUCGACGAUUUCGCCAAUUCGUCGCGGAACCACGCAAGAUUUAAAAAGGCUGCGAUUAACGUGUCAUCGGAAGUGAAACAGAAAGCAACAAUACAGGAAGACACGUGGAAUGAGAUGGAGAAAACAAAUGUAUCAGAGUCAUUGGAUGCAGAUAAGUCCAAGAAGAACAGUAAAAGUACAUCAACCAAUCAGAGAAGAAACAAGAAAACAAUAGUAUCUGAAAUGAACAUAGAAGAGGAAGAAGGUAUAGAUUAUCCAUUGGACAUAUGGUUCAUUCUAUCUGAGUAUAUUUGUCCCGAGGCUAUAGGAAAAUUUGCCCGAAUAUGUAGAAGUUCUUAUCAUGUGACCACAACAGGCAAAUUUUGGAUUCAUUUGUACAAGUCUUACUACAGGCCUGUAGCUGGUUUACCGGAACGUCUUCAACCACAAUGUAUGGUUCGCAUGCACGGGUUGCGUGCGUGCGUGAUUAGGACAUUGCAUUACACUUAUUUUGCAUUGAAGAGAGAACUCAAUGAUCUAUCUUAUUUGCAACAGGAUGAGCCUCAUUCUCUCGUGAAAAGAAGAUGUUGUCUUAUGUGGCAUAAAAAAGGAAAAUCACGGUGGUACUUUUAUUUCAAAUUGAAAGAAAUAUUAAAAUUUACUAAGCAUUCGAUACAAGGGAAACCUAAAACAAACGGCAAAAAGACAGACUUUCUUGAAAUGUUGGAAGACGUAGCUGUGAAUCCGGAAGAGGGCUGUAAAGUACUUAGGGUAGCCUGUUUAAAGUAUAGUAUGUUACCACCAGUAAUCGGGUUAAUUCUGCAGUCAGUGUCGAUGACUUUGAUGCCAGGUUUCAAAGAGCACCGAUUACAGUUGGGAUUCGGAACAUCGAAUAUUCCGAAUACAUUCACGAACCAAGUUGUGGUUUUAAAUGAAGUUGUUAGCUGUCAAAUUCUAGAUUGGUGGCACCCAUCUUAUCCCCAUGAAGAUGCCAUUAUCACCAUCGAAUUACCGCACAGUGAUUUCUGGGAUCAGAACUUAUUAUAAAACAAUCAAAUAAAUUGUAUUCCGAAGAGAAUAGAGUAUAAG